UAAUUUUUAAGCGAAGCAUGAUUUCCCUCCAACUCCCGCACGCUCACUUUUUUAUUUAUUUAUUUAUUUAUUUUAUUCUCCUGAUACGGUACAGUUUGAUGAUUACAGUUCCGAAAAUCUAGGGUUUCGACUUGUGCUCGCUUCGUCUCAGGAUACUUCAACAUGGAUUCUGUGACACAAACUUUCCAACAUCGCAUGUCUGUCAAAUUGUGGCCUCCUAGUCAGAGUACCAGGCUAAUGCUUGUAGAGCGGAUGAGCAAGAACUUCAUUACUCCAUCCUUUAUCUCCAGAAAGUAUGGGUUAUUGAACAAAGAGGAGGCUGAGGAGGGUGCCAAGAAAAUCGAAGAGAUGGCUUUUGCAGCUGCAAACCAGCACCAUGAGAAAGAGCCGGAUGGUGAUGGAAGUUCUGCAGUGCAGAUCUAUGCUAAAGAAUCUAGUAGGCUUAUGUUGGAGGUUCUUAAAAGGGGGCCCAAAACACAGGAGGAUGAAGAGGUGAAGACAGUUGAUGAAGCUUCUGCUGCUGUUUCGAAUCUGUUUGAUAUAUCUGGUGGCCGGCGGGAAUUUAUUAGUGGGGAGGAGGCUGAGGAACUCUUAAAACCCCUCAAGGUGCCAGGAAACUUGUAUACUAGGAUAUGUUUCAGUAAUAGAAGCUUCGGCUUGGAUGCAGCCCAUGUCGCCGAAUCCAUCUUGUUGUCCAUAAAGGGUCAAUUGACAGAAGUGGACCUGUCAGACUGUGUUGCUGGAAGACCGGAAUCAGAAGCUCUUGAAGUCAUGGGUAUAUUUUCUUCAGCCCUAGAAGGUUGUAAAUUGAGGUAUCUGAACCUUUCAAACAAUGCAUUAGGCGAAAAGGGUGUCAGGGCCUUUGGGAUGCUUCUCAAAACCCAGAAUAUUUUGGAGGAGCUUUAUUUAAUAAAUGAUGGUAUUUCAGAAGAAGCUGCACGUGCAGUUUGUGAGCUAAUUCCUUCAACUGAGAAGCUUAAGGUCCUUCAUUUUCACAAUAAUAUGACUGGAGAUGAAGGUGCAGCUGCUAUUGCUGAGAUGCUGAAACAAUCCAAUUUGUUAGAGGAUUUUCGAUGUUCUUCAACAAGGGUGGGCUUGGAAGGGGGUGUUGUCUUAGCAGAAGCUCUUGGAUCAUGUAGCCAUUUGAGGAAGCUUGAUCUGCGUGAUAAUAUGUUUGGUGUUGAAGCUGGUAUAGCUCUGAGCAAGUCUUUAUUUGCAUUUGCAGAUCUUACUGAAGUUUACCUCAGUUAUCUGAAUUUGGAGGAUGAGGGGGCAGAAGCACUUGCUAAUGCGUUAAAAGAAUCCGCACCUUCACUGGAAGUUCUGGAUAUGGCUGGGAAUGACAUUACAGCCAAGGGUGCUUCUUCUUUGGCUGCCUGUAUUGUGGCAAAACAAUUUCUCUCCAAAUUAAAUCUUGCUGAAAAUGAACUGAAGGAUGAAGGUGCUAUUUUGAUUGCCAAGGCAAUUGAAGCCGGUCAUGACCAGCUAAAUGAAGUUGAUUUGAGCACUAAUGCAAUUAGACGUGCUGGGGCAAGGCUCUUGGCACAGGCUGUUGUGCAUAAGCCUGGAUUUAAAUCGUUAAAUAUCAAUGGUAAUUACAUAUCUGAUGAAGGGAUUGAUGAGGUGAAGGAUAUAUUUAAGAGUUUGCCUGAUGUGCUUGGAGAAUUGGACGAGAAUGAUCCAGAAGGAGAAGAUCUUGAUGAGGAUGCAAGAGAAGAGGACGAGGACGAGGAUGCUGAAGAUGAAGAUGAAUUAGAAUCAAAACUCAAGGGGCUAGAAAUCAAGAAUGAAGAGUAGGAGUUUUCGUUGCAGGUAGCUUACUGCCUUAGAGUUUUUCGAUUUGAAACUUAUCCAUGGACUCUGGAUAUUUUUAGAUUACCAGUCUUUUCUGCGGAACUCGUAAGGCAGUCCAGCUGCAUUAGCUUAGGGUAAUAGAUUUAUCCUUUGUAGGCCAGGGCAGGAAAAGUGCUUCUUUUCAUUAACAUAUCAAACUAGCAAAUUUACUAGUUGUAGUUUUAAC